UUUAGAUCGAAACUUGAGAUAUAAAAUGGCGAAUUUCUCCGGUUUACACAUUCUCUUCUUCUCCUUCAUCAUAGCUACAUGUGCAAUUUCCGUCGUCUCCGGUACAGUGUUUACCAUAGUGAACCGCUGCAGCUUCCCCGUUUGGCCUGGAAUCCUCACCGGAGACAACGGUGUACAACUCAACGGCGGUGGAUUCGCCUUAACCCCAGGAGCUUCUGUCGACGUAGCCGCUCCUGCAGGCUGGUCCGGCAGAAUCUGGGGCCGAACCGGCUGCAAUUUCGACGCGUUCGGCACUGGGAGUUGCCUCACCGGAGACUGUGGUAACAAAUUACAAUGCUCCGGUGCAGGAGGAGUCCCACCGGCUACACUCGCCGAAUUCACAAUCGGUCAUGGCGGCGCGAUGGACUUUUACGACGUAAGCCUGGUCGAUGGUUACAACGUCCAGAUGGAAAUCAAGACGCGAGGCGGCUCAGGCGAUUGCCAAAACGUGGGAUGCGUUUCAGACCUGAACAAGAUUUGUCCCAACGAGCUAAGCGUUCUUAACGGGGGAAGUGUUGUGGCGUGUAAGAGCGCCUGCGAGGCAUUUGGAACACCGCAGUAUUGUUGCACCGGUGCAUUCAAUAAGGCCGAGACUUGUCCGCCCACGGAUUACUCGAGGAUCUUUAAAGCAGCUUGCCCCAAAGCUUAUAGCUACGCAUACGACGAUGCUACAAGCACUUUUACUUGUGCCAAUGCUAAUUACUCCAUCAUUUUCUGUCCCACCAUAUAGUUUUCAUCAUCAAUAUUUAUCAACGACGAUUGGUAAUUAUAAUAGUUAUGUGUAAUCGCUGAAAGAAAUAAAAAAAGUUUUGC